GCAGCUUCCCACUCGGGCUCCCGUAGAAAAACACCGUGACGUGGAUGAGCUCUAAAGAAAAUCUGGAUAAUCUACGUAUAGUACGUAACGGUCCAUCAUCAUCAUCAUCAUCCUCCCGAGCAGCGGGUCGGUCUGUGUCCUCUUCAUCCGCGCAACCGUGAGCCAUGGCCGCACAGAAGAUCAACGAGGCGCACGAGCACAUCGCCAAAGCCGAGAAAUGCUUAAAGACCAGCAUGACCAAGUGGAAACCUGAUUAUGAUGGAGCAGCUUCAGAGAUGGCAAAAGCAGCUGUGGCUUUCAAAAAUGCGAAACAGCUUGAACAAGCGAAGGACGCGUACCUGAAAGAGGCCGAAUACCACACAGAAAACAAAGCACUCUUCCAUGCAGCAAAAGCAUAUGAACAAGCCGGCAUGAUGUUGAAGGACAUGAAGAAGAUGCCUGAGGCCAUCCAGCUGAUAGAGAAGGCCAGCGUCAUGUACGUGGAGAACGGCACCUCUGGCACUGCUGGAAUAGCCUUGGACAGGGCUGGGAAACUCGUUGAAUCGAUUGAUCUGGAGAAAGCCGUGGACUUGUACCAGAAGGCCGCAUCUGUGUUUGAGAAUGAAGAUCGUCUCAGACAGGCCGCAGAGCUUCUGGGUAAAUCGUCCAGACUUCUGGUGAGACUGCGCAGGUUGGACGAGGCCGCUGUGUCCCUCCAAAAAGAGAAGAACAUGUACAAGGAAAUUGAGAACUACCCCACCUGCUUUAAGAAAACCAUUGCUCAAGUGCUGGUCCAUCUCCACCGAGGUGACUUUGUUGCUGCAGACAAGUGUGUCAGAGAAAGUUACAGUCUCCCAGGGUUCAGUGGGAGUGAGGACUGCGUUUCUAUGGAGACGUUACUGGCGGCUUAUGACGAGCAGGACGAGGAUCAGUUGGCACGCGUGUGCAACUCACCUUUACUCAAGUACAUGGACAAUGAUUAUGCCAAGUUGGCCAUCUCUCUGAGGGUGCCGGGUGGAGGUGGCGGGAAGAAGAAGAAACCUCCUGUUGCUCCUCAAGAGGGCAGCGCUGGACCACCAGCUGAGGAAGAUGACGAUUACGAGGGUGGUUUGUGUUAACUGAGAGAACGGCCUGACUAUCCGUGUGUGUGUGUGUGUGAGUGAGCGAGCAUCUUAGUGUUUCCUUCCUUUGUGCAAUGUGGAGUCAUUCCUGAGGAAUUCUCUUCCUGUGGGAGGGUCCAGUUUUCUGUGCGUUUACACAUCAGACACACAGAAACGCUUGCAAACACAGGCUGUGGACAUCAGUUUAACAUAUUUAAUACAGAAGAGGUUCAUUUCUUUGCCACUAUCUGCACCAAAUGGAAUAGAGAAAUGCAGUGAUGACAAAUUUUUGUAGUUCGCAUCACAAAAACCUAACAGGAUUUUUCCACUGGCUUUUGGAUUAUUGCAAAAAAUAAGCUCUGUGACCAACAAAAGUUUAUGAUUCUACACGUUUAGUUCAUCAUGGUAAUCUUCACAAAUGAUCACACCUUUUAUGAAUUUUGAAGCCUAAACAAUCACCAGAAGUAAAAAGCUAAAAGUAGGCUAUAGCCAGGUCAAAACCCGCCCAAUUGCUACUCAAAAUUAGCCCAAAACUAGUCCAAUGGCAUUUCAGGGGGGUCCCCUGGUAACAGUUGCUUUCCGGGGGUAAAAUCAGCUUUUUGGCAGGGUUCCUCUCAUAAAAUUUGCGUUCCAGAGGAUCAAUAUCAUGUUAUUUGGGGUCGCUUCAACCCGUGGACAUGAAAAACAACCCGCAACAACAAUGUUAAAGUAGCCAAAUUGCAAACUGCAGACUUGGCAACACUGGCUUUAAACGAACAACACUAUGGACGCAUGACUUCAGCGUCACAAUCACUAAGCUACAACUCUUUCAGUCUUUAUUUAAAAACAUUUUCCCUGAAAGUUUGAGUUGGAAUAGUUUGCAAGAGUGCGAUUAUAAACACAAUGAGGCUGUGAAAGCGACUAGCGACCGUGAUGAUGUUUAAUGUUCCCAACAACAUCUGUAGUCUCUCAUUUAGCCACUUGUAAGCAAAGUAAAAACUUUAAAAAGAUCACAAAAGGGCGUUACUGAUGUAUUUUAUGUCUUAGAAUAAAAUGUGAAAAUAUCUUGUGUUCACCACAGACCUUAUUUCAGGCAUUUAACCGAAAACCCAUUCAAAAAACCCAGUGACUCUAGUGACUUGUUUUCAUGUUUUGGCAUACAAAAAUUCAUCAUCCCUGUUGCUCUCUAUUGACUGCAGUGUUUUUAAGCAAGUUACAAACACUCAUCUUCUAUUGGUCAAACAAACAGAUAGUCCCGCCCUAAAACUCACAUCAUUGGUUGAACCAGUGUUCCACUCAGUUGAACCGCUUGAAAUAUCAUUUCGAUGCUGCUAGUGGUGCAGAAAUAUAAAGACAGUCUUAGAUAAUAAAUAUGUGAUCAUAUUGUUGCAUAAAAUAUGUUUGAAAAAUGUUUUCUUUUAAUUUGAUAAGAAAAAUGUGUAGUCGUGUGUACAGAAUCUGUUACUUAUUUUUAUGUGUGAAUAGUCUGUGAUGUCAAAGUGAUUGAUACAAUUUGUAAAAUACUAUGUAAUUGUCCAUUAUGUACAGUAACUUAUUUUAAGUGUUGUUGAAAUUGUCUCUGUCGAGUGAGGUGUCAUGCUGCGUUUCCAAAUAUACAACCUGACAGACAUAAUGAUCCAAAAACUACUUAAUUAAAAGUCACAAUCUAUAAACUGUUUGGCUGUGUACUGCUAAAGGUGUUUUCCUGUGAACCGUGAACUACUUGAUGCAUAAAGUAUAUUUUACAAAUAGAGGGCUGCACCGUUUACAACCCAUGUUACAGUAUAUAGAGAAACUAGGAGAGAGAAUAAUUCCAAGCUGAAAUCUGAGCAUAUUAACCCUUUGUAUUCUUUGUCUCUGAACAUGUUUUAUUUAUUGUACACAGCAAUAAACAGCUCUACUGGUGCACAAUGA